AUGGACAAGACAGGGAGUGGGUGGAAGAAAGUCAAAGGGAUUGGAAAUGUAGUCUUAAACACGUGGAGGCUGCACUGGAUCAGUGAAAGCAAGAUGAUGAACACCAGGAACAGUUACUACAACAAAAGGAAGAAGAUGGACAAAUUGGACGAGAACUGGGAGGCGGCAAAUUGGACGGAAACCGCGGGGGGAGGCAAAUUGGACGAGAACCACGGAUGGACAAGCGGGGCAAGUGGCAAGAAGUUGCGUGCAGUGAAGUGGAAUGUUGGAGAGCUGGCAAUGAACUGCCUGGCAAGUGAUAGCAGGAUAUAG